CCAAACCAAAAACCCCAUAACCAAAAAACCUUAAGUAAGAAAGGCCACUUUGUUCUUGUUGAAAUGGAAAGCUUUCAAACCAUGCAGCAGUCUGGUGAUCAGAUUUCAAGUCUCCAUUUCCUUGUCCCUUCUUCAAACCCUUCCUCCUAUCCUCAUGACCAAUAUUUCACCAUGAUGAAUAAUAAUAAUAAUAGUAAUAAUCAAGCUUUUCAGCUGAACAGAUUCUCUUCUCCAUUGUUCGAUGGCUUCCAUCAUCAUCACCAGGCUCAUCAAGAGAUCACUGCUAUUCCACAGUCAUCUUGUUUCAGCAAUAACUCAUCGACCUCUGACGAGGCUGAUGAGCAGCAGCUGAGUCUCAUCAAUGAGAGGAAGCAACGAAGGAUGAUAUCGAACCGCGAGUCGGCUCGGCGGUCUCGCAUGCGCAAGCAGAAGCACCUGGACGAGCUGUGGUCACAGGUGGUUUGGUUGAGGAAUGAGAACCACCAACUCAUUGAUAAACUCAACCAUGUCUCGGAGAGCCAUGACAAGGUUGUUCAAGAGAAUGUUCAGUUGAAAGAAGAGACUACUGAGCUUCGCCAAAUGCUCUCUGAUCUCCAAAUCAGCAGCCCUUUUCCUGGCUUGAGAGACUUAGACGAUUUGCCCUGUAACACUGCUUAUCUCAGAGCUGAGUCUUCAUCAAACCAGUCUAUCACAACUUCCAUGGAUUUACUUGGUUAAAAUUAAGACGCAAAAGAAAGAAUUUUUUUUUCUUUCUUUUUAAUUUCUUCUUAAUAGUAUUUGUUUCCUAGUUUUUGCAUUUUCCAACUAGGGACUCUUUAUUGGUUUCUUUUUAUAUAGUAGCCAAAACCGAUCUUUGCCUCAGUAUUAGAAGCUGUAUGAGAUGCCAAGAGAUUGGCAAUAAAUAUAUAUAUAUAUAUAUUCUAAGCA